ACUGUGAGUCCGAGCAGAUCUCAACAUUUCAUAGAAGACUCACUGACUCUGAGCUGCGAGGAGGACGGCGGUUCUGCAACAUGGAUUGUGUGGAGAAACACAACUGCAGGGGGGGUUUCCCAGUGUGGAAUCAAAUGGGGAAGACAAAAGGGCUCCACAUGUAAAAACAGUAUGGUACUCCGUUCGGACAGUGGGGUUUACUGGUGUGAGUCCAGCGAGGGGGCAGCCAGUGACAGCAUCCAGCUCAAUGUCACUAGUGGAUCGGUGAUCCUGCAGAGUCCUGUCCAUCCUCUGAUGGAGGGAGAUAAUGUCACUCUGAGCUGUCUGACAAAGACCUCUUUCUUCAACGGCCCUGCUACUUUCUAUAAAGAUGGCUCCGUCAUCAGUAUUGUGCCAACAGGUCAGAUGACCCUCCACCAUGUUUCCAGGUCAGAUGGAGGCCUCUAUAACUGUAACAUGAGGGGUCAUAACUCUUCAGCCAGCUGGCUUUACGUCACAGGUAAACCUACACCCACACCCCUGUCUACCUCAGUAGCUUCUUCAAGCAUCGUGAUCCUCCACCCCGUCUCAUCAUCACUUCAGAUCAUGCUGCUUUGUCACCUUGUGGUCUUCUGUCCAUAUGUCAUCUCCACUCUGCUCGUUGUGUCUGUAUAUCGACUUAAACACAGGAAGUGACCCACCUGUCUCCAUGGUGAUGACUCCAUCCAUUCAGAUCCCGCAGGGAUUGGAUGACGAUUCUAAAAAAUGUCCUCACAAAGCAUCAGUCUCUGGUCUACUUCUUCAUGGAGUUCUAUGAAAAUUAUCCCAAAACCUUUACCGCUAAAACCCUGAAGUUACUGAGAACUGUUGUAAAUCUUUGAGGAGCAUAAGAUUGAAUUUAUGCUAGACUGAAAGGCAAAGAAUAGAAAUAUCCUUUAUUGUUUUUCAGUGGAGAACAUUAAGGUGUACCAGCAGCAAAGUGACCUGUAUAUGGAAGCAUGCAGAUUCACAUCUGGUAGAAAUAUAAAAUUAAACUAAGAUAUAAGUUUGUACAGUAAAGACAAAUUUACAACAUAAGAAAUAUUGCACAGUUACUAAAAAAUAUUUUCUAAAUACUCAGAUUUGAAGAAAGUAGAAACAUUUGAA